CCGGCCCUGCCCGCGCCCCCCCCGCGCUCGCGGCUCCAUCCACCGCCUCGCCGAGCCCAGGAGCAGCCGGGCUGGGCGGCGGGGCGCAGGCUGGGACCCCGCGGCUAUGAAGUGGCCCUCGGGGGCUGCAGCCCGAGAUCCCCGGGGGAGGGAGGGGCGCGCGGCCCGGAGCAGCAGCCUGGGGGCCCCGGGGCCCGGGUUUAGGGGCCGCCACCGCCCGGAAUGAAUCGCGCUGGGGACGAUCCGGACUCGGACUCGCCGCCUCAGGUAUGCACUUGGCAGGGUUCCUGACUGUGCCCUGAGCCGCCACCCCUUCUGAAACUCUGGCCGAGCUGGACUCUGCAAACCUGCUUUCGCAAUGGGUGGGUUGUGAGCGCUGGUAAUGAGGAGCUGUGGGCCCAGCCAGCCUUGGAGAUGCCGAAGAGACGGGACAUCCUUGCCAUCAUCCUCAUCGUGCUGCCCUGGACGCUGCUCGUCACCGUCUGGCACCAGAGCACCAUCGCGCCCCUGCUCACCGCGCACAAGGAUGACGGCGGAGACCCCCGGCGCCCCGCCCCGCCCGGCGCGGACCCCAGGGAGUACUGCAUGUCCGACCGCGACAUCGUGGAGGUGGUGCGCACCGAGUACGUGUACACGCGGCCGCCGCCGUGGUCCGACACGCUGCCCACCAUCCACGUGGUGACGCCCACCUACAGCCGCCCGGUGCAGAAGGCCGAGCUCACGCGCCUGGCCAACACGCUGCUGCACGUGCCCAACCUGCACUGGCUGCUGGUGGAGGACGCGCCGCACCGCACGCCGCUGGCCACGCGCCUGCUGCGCGACUCCGGCCUCAACUACACGCACCUGCACGUGGAGACGCCCCGCAACUACAAGCUGCGCGGCGACGCCCGCGACCCGCGCAUCCCGCGCGGCACCAUGCAGCGCAACCUGGCCCUGCGCUGGCUGCGGGAGACCUUCCCGCGCAACGCCAGCCAGCCGGGCGUGGUGUACUUCGCCGACGACGACAACACCUACAGCCUGGAGCUCUUCGAGGAGAUGCGCAGCACGCGGAGGGUGUCCGUGUGGCCCGUGGCCUUCGUCGGGGGCCUGCGGUACGAGGCCCCGCGGGUCAACGCGGCCGGGAAGGUGGUCGGCUGGAAGACGGUGUUCGACCCCCACCGGCCCUUUGCCAUAGACAUGGCCGGGUUCGCGGUCAACCUGCGGCUCAUCCUGCAGCGCAGCCAGGCCUACUUCAAGCUGCGCGGCGUGAAGGGGGGCUACCAGGAAAGCAGCCUCCUCCGGGAGCUGGUCACCCUCAGCGACCUGGAGCCCAAGGCCGCCAACUGCACCAAGAUCCUGGUCUGGCACACGCGGACGGAGAAGCCCGUGCUGGUGAACGAGGGCAAAAAGGGCUUCACGGACCCCACGGUGGAGAUCUGAGCCCCGGGACGCAGGAGCCUCUUCUCACACCCUGAUCCUGCCUUCCAUCUUCUCCCCGUGGCUGACGGUCCUCCAAGGCAAACUCCAAACGAAUGGCCAUCAGCCUCCUUUCUAUCCUGGGGCUUCAGAGAGCCCAGCCUGAGGCCAGGACAAGGGACGGAGAGCCUAAAGCACAGAAACCCCAGACGUGUCGUUCUCUUCCACCCAGCGCGGAAGGGCCCCGCUGCCAGCCCGGCCCCCGCCCUCCUCCCCGGAGGUUCCCGCACCCCAGGCCCGAGUGAUGCCGGACAGCGGGGCGUCGCAAAAGACUCGGCGGUCACGUGGAGGUGGCCCUCCUGGCUCCCUGCUCCUGGGUCCAGCAUAGCCACACCGGCCAGCCGGGCAGAGGAUUCUGAACACCAUCCAGCAGGCCCUGCCCGGGCACCUCGGAGAGUUGCUCCCAAGUACACGUGUCUCUGUGGCUGUUCUCUAGUCCCUGUCUCCAGAGCAUAAGUCCGUCUUUGAUCCCAGCAGCGGUCAGCCCUGCAGGAGGGAGCAGGCCUAGCCCCCAGGCUCCCCCGUGCCCCGGGCUGUGGUGGGAGAGGAGCUCCUUCCUCCCCCCAGGCCCCCAACCCUGCAGCACAGAGAAGCAGAUGGGCCUCAAGCCAGCACAGGCCACGGGCUGGCCUGGACCACGACCACGUGGGCCCGUCCCCCAUGCUGCCACCCCCACGCCCACUGGGCGCCAGGGACCUUUGCCUGGGCCAGGACGGGGAGGGCAGGAGCCCUCUUCCUGAAGCCCUUGAGAGCCACAGACCUCAGGGGCAGAGAGGUGGGGGCAAUUCCAAGCCUCCUUCCUGCCCCUGGUUUGGGGGCAGGAGGGGGACUGCGUUAGCAGAGAUAUUUAUGGGCAAGAGACCGAGAUCAUUUGGACACAGAGGGGAAAGGAUACCCGAGCACACACGACGUUGGAAAUAAUUCUAUUUUAAACACAACGUGGGAAAGAAAAAUCUCCCUUCUCCCCAGGUGGGGAGCCUGCAGAGCCAGCCGCCCGAGAACAGUGCAUGCGCUGGCAGCUCCCUCCGCCAGGGGGCGUGUGUCCGGCUCUCCCGCCGCCGGACAGGCCCCUGGCUUUCUGGCUGGCGACAGCGCCCUCUGGUGGCGAUCCCACUCCUCAUGCUCCUGAAAGUCGGAAGCACAAUUUUCCUCUCGCGUGGAGGGAAACGGAAAGACUUGAGCCUACGGAAGGGGUUUUAUUUUUUAACCGCUAACACUUCAUUUAAACUCGCAGGACCAGUCUGAGGACCACAGAGAACCCACUCCUGGAGGAGAGGGUCAUUGGGGGGGGGAGGGAGGGGAUUGGACUUAGUCCAGCAACCUAAACAUUCAAAAAAUAUAGCAUCGGUUGCCUGUUUUGAAACAGACGCAAUUUUCCACGUAGUCACGAGCCCACCCAAUGGGAUCUUAUCCCUGGGAACCCUGAGCCACCUUGUAGGACAGCCCCCCAACCUCUUACAUAGUCAAUGGUUGCUCUGGAAAUCAAGCUCUCGGCAUCACGUGGCGUGGUGUGGGAGAGAAGGGACGAGGUGGACACAGGCGGCCAUCAAAUGCGUGAAUCCAGGCCCAGGCAUUCCACUGCCCCCCAGCCCUGUGCUCAGGUGAGCUUGGCUGGUCUACGGCUACCUUCUCAGCCAAAAACAAAACAAACAAAACAAAACACCAAAAUAACCCAGAAACAACCCAGGGCUCAUCUUCAGGAAAUUGAUACGGAACAGAACGAGGCAUUUUCUCUUGCUGCCUCUCCUGUAUUACUUUGUUUGGCAGGACAUGUUUUCGCCCCAUGUCCUCUAGUACAGUGGGGCCUUGACUUACGAGUUUAAUUCGUUCCGUGACAGAGCUCGUAACUCAAAUCACUCGUAUGUCAAAUCAAAAAGUGAAUGAGACACG